UUCUAGAGGCGAAAAUGAAGUUUACUGUAAUUGUAAUGGGGCUCAUGCUCAUCCCAUUUGGAAAUUCCCUGGUGCACUAUAUGAAGCUGGAACCAGGCGCAGACGGUGGCUGCAAGGGCACAAGCGGGGACUUGAAAGUGGGCGAUUCGGAGAAGGACCCCCUUGUGUGCGGCUCCAUCCACUGUACGAACGAUGCUGGCGACGCCUUCGUCCACUAUUGUCAAAUACCAGUUCCAUUCGCACUGUGCCCUGGAAGAGGCGUGACCACAGAAAUCGAGUUUCCCGACUGUUGUUGGAUCUGCACCACCUACAAGAACUGCUGAUUAACGGACCACAUGAGCAGCGGGUGCUUUGCCAAUCAUUUUAUUCAGCUAUCUUUCCAAAAGGGUUCCCACUCUCUAGCCGAAAAAUGUGCCCAUCGGGAACGAAAAAUACAAAUGGAAAAGGUGAUGCACGCAAUAAAAGAACAA